CCCAAUUAGCUUUGGGAGGAAUGGCUGGUGACGUCAAAGGAAGUAGGGUGAGAACUUCUUCCGGUAGUGCGUAAGCCCCGAGCGGAGCCGAGACCCAGCGGAGCCUGAAUUCCAAUCAGACAAGAUGGCCGGGCUGCCCCGCAGGAUCAUCAAGGAAACUCAGCGCUUGCUGGCAGAACCUGUUCCUGGAAUAAAGGCAGAGCCAGAUGAAAGCAAUGCACGUUAUUUUCAUGUGGUCAUUGCAGGUCCACAGGAUUCCCCCUUUGAGGGUGGGACAUUUAAACUUGAACUAUUCCUUCCAGAAGAAUAUCCAAUGGCAGCUCCGAAAGUACGUUUCAUGACCAAAAUUUAUCAUCCUAACGUAGACAAAUUGGGAAGAAUAUGUUUAGAUAUUUUGAAAGAUAAAUGGUCUCCAGCUUUGCAGAUCCGUACAGUUCUGCUAUCAAUCCAAGCUUUGUUAAGUGCUCCCAACCCAGAUGAUCCACUAGCAAAUGAUGUAGCUGAGCAGUGGAAGACCAAUGAAGCCCAAGCCAUAGAAACAGCCAGAGCAUGGACUAGGCUAUACGCCAUGAAUAAUAUUUAAAAUGUGCUCUGAAUCAGUGUGCAUCACUUUUUCCUGUUCUGCCAAGACCUUUUCCUUUUUUUGUUUUUGUUUGCAUUUAAUGGACACAGUCUUAGAAAACAUUACAGAAUAAAAACCCAGACAUCAGUUCUUUGGUGAUUUAAAUGCACACUAGCAAAUCUGUGUCUUGUCCUAAUUCAUUCCUGUUCCGCAUGAACAGAGGCUAGAAGUAUCAUCGGGAUUGUUUGUGAAAUUGUUUAAAAGCAGUAGCACAUUGCUGCUUUUAAUAAAUUUUUCCCAUUAUGAGUUUAGUGUAAGCACUGUGAAUAAAAGUAGUCAAGGUUAGCUGCAGGGAUUUUUGUUCUAAUUGUGUGGGCCCUUUCUCCCUUUUUUAUGGUGAUGCUAAUUGUAUUGGUUAAAGCAGCUAACCAGUUAUACUCUAGAAUAUGCCCUCUAGCCAAGUCUAACUUAGACACUGUAGAUGGACAAGCUUGGCUGUUUGAACAAAAACGGGAACAUUCAACAUCCAUCGCUAAUAUUGUGAUUCUGCUGUCAAGUGUAAAAACCUUCCCUUCAAGGAAAAAAGCUUGUGACCAUUUUGUAUGGCUUGUCUGAAAAAUCUUCUGUAAAUCUUAUGUUUUAGUAAAAUAUUUUGUUAUUCUACUUUGCCUUUGUACAGUUUGUUUUGCAGUGUUCUUUUUUCAUGUUUCAAUUGUGACAAUCAUAUUUUUUUUUUUUAAAAAAAAUGAAGCCAGAUUGGAACAUUUUGAUUUUCACCAGCCUAACAGAUGUAGUAAAAUAUUGGAUUUUUUUGCUGACCUGUAUUAGGCCAUGCCACAUUAGUGCUCAUAAUGUUUUGUUUUUGUUUUUAAAAAUCCUCUGGUAAAUGUAAUUGCUUAUCAGAGUCAAAGUAGGUUAGAUCCAUCAUUAAUGUGUAUGUACUUGCAAAGUUAAGUACCACUGAAGCAGGAAGCUAGCAAAACAAACAGCAAUUUUGGGUGUAUGUGUAACUUGUCUGUGUUGUGCUACGUAUUAUCCGGUAUCAGACUACACGUUUAAAAAUAACUUGGAUCUUUAAAAGAAAAGAUCCUCUGCAUAAAAUGAGAUGUUAAACUACAGUACAGUACAUUGGUUGCUAAGGUAUUUACUGCUAGGCUUCUUAGCUCUGGCCAUACCUGCAAUUCUUAACUCCUUUCUUGACCCACUUCUUCAUUUAGAAGAUGGAAAUUUUUAUUUUUUAUUUUAGCCAUCAAGUAGAAAUAGUAGAAAUGUAAAUAACUCAUAGGAGCAUAUUUUGACCCCAACGUCUAACUUCUGUAUUUCCUAAAAUUUCUUUUCUCAAACUGCUUCUUGUCUUGACCACCUUUCUGAUAUCUCUGCUGUCCAUGUGGCCAGUGUAAUGCCAGCUUGGCAUGGGUAAUGUUUGUCUUGCAGGGUUUUUUUGGGGGGGGGACAGUACUGAGGUCCAUCUUUCUGACCAUCACACCUAUUCUAGCAUCAUCGGGGGUUUCUAUAGAAUGUGGUUUAUGUAUUGUGCUCUUAUGUAAGAUAAAAAAUAUCUAUUAAAAUCACAUUUUCAACAGACAAAA